AUGGCAUCUAACAGCCUUUUCAGCACAGUGACACCAUGUCAACAGAACUUCUUCUGGGGUGAGUACUCGCUUUGUGGGUGCUGUUGUGUCUGGAGUUGGGUUGGGGGGGAUCGGGUCACGGGGAGGACUCGGGGUCAGGUGUUGAGGUUUUGGAUUGGGGUAUUAAGAGGGUUUGGGUAAGGGGGUAAGUUUCUUGGAUGGGAUUGAAGGAUUUGGGUCCAGAUGAGUGGAGGGGAUCAGCUGAGGUCAUCGAAGACCCGGCUAUCCAUGUCCAAGCUUUUUGUGGUGGAGGAAAGACCCAACAAUCAUCAAGGCUUUUUGCGGUGCGCGAAGACACACAGAAAAAUAAAAAACCCCUCUGUGCAUUUAGCGAAUCCAGUAUUUACCCGACAUGAUGUUUAUAAAUAUUUCUGAAAGAGGGAGAUGACAUGUUUGUGCAACAUACCCUCAGAUUUACAAAGCGAUGCCAUUGCGGAACCAAAAACAAAAGCAUGGGUGAUAUUUUUGACAAACGUAAACAGACGCUGCACAAGAGAGUUUACAGUCGAGCAUUGAAACAAGAUGUGGGGAUUACCGGAUUGUGAGUGUGUUGGGUGUCUACAUUGUGCAUAAGGAAGAGGUAUUGAUUAGUCUGCCAAGGAAGGUCUGUAAUCACUUCCUGAAAUUGUUCGGUUGCGCUGCUGUCAUUAAUUAAUCGGUGUUGAUUUCUGCAGCCUCGAGGGAGCCUUUAAUCCACUGACAUAAAUCCACUUUGAACAAGAAGUUGCUCCAUGUCAGCUCCCAUUAGAGGAACUGGAAAACCCGAAUGGGGGGGAAUAAAUAAAAACAUAACACAAUCGAUUUACACGGACUUAUUGUUGAGCGCUAAUUCGAUAAAAGAUAAAAUAUAUACUCCUCCUCCAAAGAAUCCCACUACAACAGAUGUAGAUUCAACCUAUUCUUUUUGUUUUUCUAAUGUUUUAUAAUGAGAGUCUGUCUGAUUUGUUUCUGCAAAGUGCAUCUUUAGGCAACAAGACCAGCGAACAGUAGCAGAGUCAACUUUAUGGAUUUCAAUCACCUGUGAAGGCCAACUUUCAUGCUCCAGUUUGCGGCCUCUGUUUUCAGUUUCCUUACACAAACUUAUUUAACCAACAAUAUAAAUAAUCUUUAGUUUUACCAGAUGAGUUUUAUAAUUUAAACAAACAAUUCCUCUCCCGUGCGACAUAAGAAAAAAGACAGGCUGACUUUAAUAGCUGCCUCCCCUCCACCCCCUUCCUCCUCCUCCUCCUCUCCUCGCUCCGGUCCAUAGCUUGCGCUUCUCUGUCCAAAUCAAAUGUUUAAAAGAUGUUUUUAAGAAGUCGCUCCGUGGUCAGAUACAGCUGUUCUGGGCUCGGGCUCCGCACAGAAGCAGGGUGGCUUUCCUAAUGCGCUCUGAAAGCUGGAGAGAGCGCGAGCGUCCUCAACCAAUCACCACCACCUAUUACCACGUUAACCCCUGACCUCUCAGCGUGUCUCUGGGGUCGCAGCGAAAGGAGGAGAGGGGUUGAAGAGAAGAGGAGAGGAGAAGAGCAGCGCUGCGGGGAAAUUGAAAGCAUGCUGUUGUAGACAGAGACAGGCAGAGAGGAGCAGAUGUGUACAGAUGUUCAGGUGGAGUGACUCAGAGAAGAUAAUCGCUGAUAGAUUCUCGUAAAAAGGUAUUUUUGCUCCAUAUAGUGCUGCCGCUCAUUGAAGUCGCUCCUGUUUAUGAUUAUCUGAGCUGUAAAUCUGUCAGUACAACCACAAAAAGUCCCCCCUGACAGCGCAAUGUGAUUUUGCAAGACCACCAGUGAUUUCUGUUGUAUUUAAAAUUCACAACAAAUAAAUGUAGUGUGCUGUAACGUAUCAGAACGGGCAAAAAUCCGGAUUAGGAUUGUAAACAUUUUUGUUUUCUCUGACAAAAGUAGAUCUGAGUUUGAGUGAUGUUGAUGCUGAUGAAUAAGGGUGACUUUUUAGAUUUAAUUUCCUACAUAAAACAUUCAUUUAUUUCCAUAAAUCUUGAUUUGAAGAUAAUUCGUCCUCUCCUGACAACCUCGAUCCGUUCGCAGAACAAAAACUCCGCUCCAGUUUAGCCUCCUUGUUGAUUUUAUGUUUUUUUCUCAAACUUCUCCUGCUCUCCCAUGUUUCUCCUGGAUCGUUUUGUCCGGCGUCAGCCAGUUUUUUCCCUGUGAACACAAGUUACAAAAUAUUGUUGUGUUAGUUAGAAAGCCACAUUACUCCAUCCUCGUCUGUCAGCUUGUAUUUAAGGACAUUUUUAAUUUAGCCUGAGCGUUUCAUCCCCCAGUGAUAAAUUGAGCCGACUUGUGGGAGUGGGCGCUUAUUCUAAAUUGAAAAAAAAAGGGUCUCAUUAAAAUUUGUCUUGGCAUUUACAUCAAGCAGUUUCAUUUAAUUGCCUCAAAUACAUUUUUUUUUAUAACUCCUCCUCAGACUGGCAGAUCAGAUGAGGAUCCGAAUCAACACGAUCAAAAGAGAAAACAGGGCGAUUUGGAUAAAUAUCUGAGGACUCCGGGGCGGAAAAACUUUCCCCAAAAGAAAAUCUCCGACAAUUUGCAGAGGGGAAACCGUAUAUGUAUUCGAGAAAGGCAGCUUCUGUUGCAUAAGUGUUGCUUUAGAUCUAACCACAGGGCCUGCUUCUUGGAGACAUCUUAAAAGUGAACCAGACAUCCCACCCUCCUCCUCCUCCUCCUCCUCCUCCCCCCUACGGCCGAGGAGAGACGUGAAGCCCACUCAUCAAUAGGUAAUUUGAAAGAGCCCGGGGGGGAAAAUGUGAGCGCUUCACUGGCUGCUACUGUGCAGAGAAGACUCUUCCUCUUAACUCCCGGCUCAAAGGAACUCUAUUUAGCGAUGCUUAAUUGUACCUCUGAGGCAAACAUGUUAUUUAAUCCCAGCAGGGUCAUACUGAUGGAGUAAAGCCGUGUUGUGCGAGUGUUUGCGCCCCACGCCAGCUAUUAGGACUUAUUAGCGCUUGAGGUUAACAUAAGUCUGCGUAAUCCUCUGGGUAAUCAUUGGAGGCGCUGUCUUAAUGUGAUCACUGUUUAAUCAAAGGUAGAUUAAUUGGUUUGUGUUUUCUUUCUUAUGCGCUAACAGUGAAAGGUUGCCUGAUUAUAACCUCAAAGAGGCUGUAGGCAGUUAUUAAGGUCCAAAUGAGAGUGUCAUGGGAACGCUAUAACCUGUGAUUUAACGGUCUUGAAAUCUGUCUUUCCCACUCAGUCCCUAAUGUGAAAGAUGAGGGGAAAGUUGUCUGUGUUUUUCUUCUAAUUUGUAGAGGGUCAAAGAGUCUAUUUUUAGCCACGAUUUCUACUUUGAUGCUAAAAGAAAGAAAACUGCUGACUUUUUCCUCAUUUUUCGACGUCUCCUGAACAAUAUCUGCUUCUCCUCCUUCGAGUUGUUGCAAGGAGAAGUUAUUUAAACAUAGCAGAGAAGGGCUUCAGUGCAAGAUUACGUUCACUCCUGUAAUACGCAGACUGCAACAACAAACGGAGUGUUCAGUGCAAAUACUCACAAGGCACCGUGUGUGUAUUAUCCCAUCUUUUAUCCCUUUAUUCAGUAGCUUGGGGGCUAAUUACACUAUUAUGAUAAGGCAACCUGCCAAUUGACUGUGCUUACUGCAGGUUUCUGUCUACUUACAGUGUUGAUAAUAGACUCAAGAACAAUCGCCUUGUAUGUUUAACACUCUGACUGCUACGUCUCUGCUCUCCCCCUCUCAUAAAUCAACGCAAAUGUCUCAUAUCUUCGCGUGUUUACUCUACAAGUACGCCAAAUUGGUGUGUGUUUUUUGGACAGCGCCGCCGACUCGCGCCACAGUAUGCAUAGCUCUGAGUCUCGAACGCGCCAUAAUUACCAGGUAGCUUAAUGCCGUUGCGUUUUGCCAGGCGAAGCUUUUAAUGCAGCGCUGUGCUGCUUUUCACACUUAAACAAGAUCCCUUCAUCCAUUUCGGUUGCAUCAUGCUGGGCGAAUUACCGUUAUCCGAUAUAAGCCCUCAGAGAGGAAGUAACUACCUAACACUUAGAAAAUUGGUCUAUCUUGGAAGCGGUUCACCCUAAUGAAACAGAACACCAGUAUUGUAACCCUGAUUCAUAUACCUCCUUCGCUCUUUUCCUGUCCUCUCCUCUCUCCUCCAUCAUUCACUUGCGUUUCACUUUACUGAUUUAAAGUCAGAAACGUACCACGACAUUGUUUAGCCCUCACUUUUCUCAGUCACGGCGCAUGUUGGGGGGGAAAUAUGGAGUGUUGAGGCUCCUGGAUGUUUGGGUUCAGCCCCGUAACGACGUGAGUGUGAGCGCGGCCACAUCACCUACACAAGGCCUUACCUGUUCUGCCGCCCCCCAACCCUGGAGAAAAGGGCAGGUUUUCCCCCCUUGUUAGUUUAAUCUUAAAGGAAUGCGGUAUCCCCUCUGACUCAGGCCAAACUCCUGAAUACAUAAACCUACUUAGCAGCAGGUCAGGAAAAGAGCAGCACGGGGUUGGACGUGUUAGCCGUAUUUUUAAAAGGCAGGUCUGAUUAUUUAUACGAGGUAACACAAGCUGUAAAUCCCCCUGACAUAAAAGGGCAGAAAGUGCGAGGAGAAGGUGCAAUAAGAUGAGCGAACGAGCUUCAAAGAGUUAAAGUGCGCUGCCACUGUGAUCAAUAGCUUGGCAGCAGUUUAGAGGAGCCGUCUGAGGAGAUAAGUGCUCUUUGUUACAACCUGUUUCAGACGUUUCUCAACAGUCGUGUACGUUUGUCACCAAGAAAACUUGAAAGUUUUGCACAUAGAAACACCUCAAGGUAAUCACAUUUGGGUUUUUAGCUGCUUUGGUGCAGGUAAAGCGGAGUAAACAGGGCGUGCUUGUAGAGCAGUGUUUGUCUGAGUGCGUAAAGGUGUCUGUGACAGGAAGAUCUGUCCGCUUGAUUAAUGCUCUCACUCAAACUGGCACCUGGAACCAAUCCCUCCAGCUCCUGCCGCCCCCAUCUCAUGUGCAUGUGUGUGUGUGCGCAUGCAUUCCUCACUCUGCGCCUUCAGAGGGGCUACGAGUGGGUGUCGAGCAAGGAGGCGCAGAUGGGACCAGAGGACCCGGAGCGGAAGAAAAGAAAGGUGUGUGCAGCAGAGGGAACAAUAGCUCGGACGUACAGUGGAGGGUAUGGGGUGUCAUUAAUAACACACAGGCCCCAUCUCCUAAUUUGCUCAAAUUACCUGCCCACACAUCGGGCCCCCUGCCAGCGCCGAGGUGUGAACACAGCAGAUCAAAUACACCUGAAAAUCAAAGUGCCCACCCACUCGGCGACGCCCACACCGGCCUUUUAUGGUGGUCCGACAGCUCUUGGAGCCUGUGUGAGAGUAAGGGAGAAAAGGGGGUCCAACUUUGCUCUUUUAUGUGAGAGCGAGGGGCAUCAUGCGAGAGAAUUAGAGAGUAAAAGAGAAACAUUAAAAAGGAGGAAGAGGAGAGAAGAGGGAGCGAGACAGAGUCAGAGAUAUGAUACAAAAGGAGGGAUCAGUUUGCACUCUCUAGACCGACUCUUUCAAACCACCUCCCAUAUGGCACCGCGGGGGCGGCAGUUUACCAUCAACCACCCUCCUCUUCUAUCCUUCCCUUCCUUCUUUUCCUUCUCCCUUAUGUCCUCCAUCCCUCCAUCCUUCCCCUCCCACCCACGCUUCCAGGAAGAAGGCGAUGACAAACAUGACAAGGCGGCGAUGCUUUGGUCACCGCAAUAUUCAGAACGGAGUCAUCAGCACAAGCACCACCUGUGACGAACACACAAACACAUGAGCGUGCGUGUGUGUGUUUAGAGUGUGUGUGGACGCUGAAACGAAAUAUGCCCUAGAGACACAAAAGGAACCAGGGGACUGUGUGUAGGUGUGUGCAGUGGGAUGCUAGUCUUUGAACUUUGAUAUUGACAAGUCUCCGGGGAGGAGGAGGAAGCUAAAAAUGUUAGAGCUCAUUUGUGAAGUGGCCUCGAGAAAGAGAGAAAGAGAGAGAGAGAUUAAACUUUGGUGGUACAUCAACCGCUUCUUAAGCACCAAGUAUCCGGACAUUUCAAGUGUUCAUUAAUGUAUUUGUUAUCAAUUAAAACCCUUCCUAUGAGCAUUUGUAUAAUCAGUUUAUGAAUAUUGACAGAGCAGCUGUAAUCAUAUUUAAUAAUACAUAAUUACAGUGUUCAAAUAAGGCAUUAAUGAACUGUUAAUCAUCCUCAUGCGGCUUUAGAUGUUGUAUAAAUGAAAGCCUGUUGAGCCCUGAGGUUCAUUUUUUUGUCUGGGAGCGCUUGAGAACUGGUAAUUCAGUGUUCAGUGUUUGCCAGACUUCUUCCUCUGGUGCGUUUAGCGGCAUCUAAUAGCAUUUGAGCUCCAGUUGUCAUGGAGAGACGUAUCAUUAUUGUGAGUAAUGUGAGGUUAGAUUUAAUGCGAGUGCAGCAAGGCUCAGCUGAACCUGAGUGGAAGGUAGAUAGUAGAAUAACUGUAGUGAUAAAUACGAGUUGUUUGAGAUGGCCUAUGUCUUUACUCGACUCCAAACAGUAAACAUAAAUUAAAGCUCCUGUGAGGAAUUUUCAGUUUGUGUUGAUUUUGGCGCCCUGUGUGGACAAACCAGUAAUAUUACUCUUUACUAAAUUUGUCCUGCACAAGUAAUAGUAGGGGAGGCUAUUGGCAAAGACCUCCCGAUACGAUACGUAUCAUGAUACACGUGUCACGAUACGAUACGAUACGAUACGAUACGAUACGAUACAAUACUGUUGUAUAUUUACAAGGAGGCUAUUGGCAAAGACCUCCCGAUACGAUACGUAUCAUGAUACGAUACGAUACGAUACAAUACAAUACUGUUGUAUAUUUACAAGGACCUCAUGAUGCAAGACGUAUCCCAAUAAAAUAAUAAUAUAUCAGGGUUUUUAACAUUGUUAAUCAGUCAAAAACACAAGUUGCUGUAAACUAGGAUACUGAACCAAGGACAAACUGAGUUGAAACUUUGUUUCAAACAACGAACACCAUUUUAUUUGACUGCGUAAGUGCUCCAUGUUCCUGAACAGUAUGAAGAGUGUGUGGAAAAUGAAGCGCAAAACAAAGUACAUAAUACGGGUUGGAAUCACCAGUGGCCACCCACAUUAAGAUAUUAUCAUGAUACCUGGGCCACGAUACGAUAUUAUUGCGAUUUUUAACAUUUUGCAAUACAGUGAGAAUUGUGAUACAAUUUAUUCGAUCUAUACAACUUUUUUCAACUGUUACGCUAAUUUGGCAUUUGUCUUUCCUUUAUGUUUGUCUUAUUUACACUGUAUUUCAUUUUUAUGUAACACAUCUUGCAAACCUUAUGGGCCAGGUCCAUCUCAUUUGUGCCCUGUUUGCAUUCCUAAUGUCUUUCCCCAGGUGCUGCUUUAUUUGUUGCACUAACUUUCUCCUGCUCUAUGAUUUCACUUCUAUCAACCUCACUGGACAAACAGUUGAUUUUAUCUUUCCAUUAUCAUAGAAUUGAGUUCAUAGUAGAAAUUAAUUUGAAAAAAACUCUAUACUUGAUAAAUGUGACAGUACGAUAUAUCACCAGACAAAAUAUCGCAAUACUAUGCUGUAUUGAUUUUUUUCUCCCACCCCUAGGUAACAGUAGAUUUUUGUUACAUAAAACCUCACCUGUCUGUAAUUUUGACGCUCAAACGUAUCACUCAUAAGGGGUCUUGGCCACCAAAUAUGUCAAAAAAAGGUUGUUUUUUUACCCCCUUUAGCAGCUUUAGACAUUAUGAAUAACAAUACACGGGUAGUAAGUCUGAAUGUUGACAGUCUUGUUUGUUUUUAAAAAUCCUAAAGAGGCAUCAUUUUUAAUUCAGCCUGUUUCAUAACAGAUUAAAAGCUCAUCACAGGGGCUUUAAAGACAUCCUCACAUCUGUUAAAAACCACACCCACCUUUUAUAUUGUUCUCUAAUUGUUGUCAUACUUCUUCAAAUGCCCUAAUGGGGUGAAAUAAAAAGUUACCAGUUAGGUUUUCUAUCCUACAACUUUAUUGCACAUGUUCAAAAGUCUGUAUAACUCUAGCUGUGGGAAAAAAAAGAAAAGUUUUAGCCAUUUCUGCUGGUACAGCACUGUUACAAAACUGCAAAAUCCCCUUACGUUACAUUUCAGCUUGUUUUCAAAGCUCUCUCCUGCGACUGAGGCUGGCAUCUUUGGAGAACUUGUAGCUGCUGUGUUUUUUUCUCGAUCCCUGCGCUGUUCCAGUUUACACAUUGUCAAUCCAAUCACACUGCUCCGACACGCAGCUCUGUGUGAUCAAAGCCUGCACACAUACGUACUGUCUGAUCCUCGCCCGAGCACGCCUUCAGUCUGGAGUUGAAUCCUGUCACUCACUCAGACAGCUGCCCUCUUACAGUCGUCUGUAGUUCAUUUUGUUGUCGCAGUUUAAAGUUUUCCGUCAACUGUUGCGCUCUUCAUUCUAUUUUCUGUCUCUCCCCAAAGGAAAUAGGUCUCUCUCUUUUCUCCUUUUUGGACGGAGACCAAUAACAGGCCUUUUCCACUUCACUUCUCCUCGUGCUGAAUGAGCAAAGGAGGAUCCCAGAGGAGCAGGAAUAUUUUAUUAGAGUGAUAUUUUGAAAGUUCCUCUCCCUUCUCUUGUCUUUCUUCCUCUCUCGUGACGGAAUUUUAGGAUGCUGCAACAUUUCCGAGUCUGUGUGUGCAGGAAAACAGCUCACGCAGAGCAAAGACAAUUCAAAGUUACUGCUAAAUGACAGGCUGCGAGGCUCCGCUCUUUUGAAUCGCAUUGUUUUCUUUUCAUUCCCGCUCGAGAGGAGGAUUGGUGAGAAUAAAAAAGAAAAAGCCCCAAUUGGGACAGAAAGCGAGCAGUUUAGUCUCAGGAGAAUUACACUCGACACAAACAAAAAUAGCAGUCAUUUUCUGCUGACAAACACUUUUUAAUGUGAGGGUGUUUUUGUGUGAAGUUGUUGCUCUUUUUGUUGACUUAUUUAUGACAAAGCUACCAUUUCAGGAGAAAAAGGACUCGUGUAUGUGUAUUGUAGCUUUGUUUUACCAUAGCUUAAAGGUGUGUGAAUACAAUAAGGUCAGAGUUUUCUUGUUUAAUUGGAAGCUCUGGCUCCUUAUAAAAGAAUCCCAUUUGAAAAUAUGCUAAUUUAAGGAGAAGCGUCAACCAAAUGUGCAGUACAACACCCACAGACGACUUUAUCUAUGCCUAUUCUUAAAAAUGUCACUUUCACAUAAAUACUGCAUUACACACACGAUUACACCUACACACACACACACGUACGCUCAGCCAGACAGAUACACACGCCCUUUUCCUGCAGGACCCUGCAGAUGCAGCAGAAACAGUCGAGUUGGUCUCUCUGGUAAACAAACAGUGAGAGGCUGCUGGGAGUCUUCACUGGGCCUCCAAAUUAUAGCCCCGCUUAACCAAAGUCUCAGAGCCAGCCCCUUUACUGCUACACACACAUACACUGAGCGUACACACCCACAUCACAUGCAUACGCACACAUGAGCCGUGCACAUUAAAGGCACCAUAGAGGCACACUUUAAAAGCACAUAUACAAUCAGGUUCUAAUGGGACCUUGUCUGUGCUGCAGUUGAGCCAAGGGUAAAGGAUUUUAUAGACAUAAGAGAGACUGAGAGGGUAGCAGACCCUGAGGGCCGAUCAUAAAUAUUACCCAAUCAUCAAGCUCACAGUGUGAGGCAAUUACUGAUGAAAAAGAAUCUGUGGCAAUGUAAACACAGCUUUAAUGUUUACAGCCUUUAACCCUGUAUACACACACACACGUACCAGGACUUGAAGGUUUCUUCUCUGUGCUGGUAGGGAGCUGGUUUUCUGCGCCUGAUGCUUCAGGGAGCUUUGUGAAAGUGCUUGUGGUUUUGAAAAGUGUUUUAUUUUGAAGGGAAAAACUGCUUAAAGAGCACUAGUGUGGUGGAGUACACUACUUUAGCAAGAAGAGGCUGGAUUGUUAAAGAGCGCCUUUAAUUGUCAGUAAAUGAGUUCUGCAACUACUGGGGACACUUUUCAGUCUCCGGAGGACUCCAGAACAUACCAGAGUGAUCUAUGACGCCAUUAAAUCCAGUUAAAACAUUUAAGGCGAUCAGCUCUCGCGAAAUUAUUCGCUGUAAAUCUCGUGCUUCCAGAGUGACACUGUAUUCCAAGCGGACGAUUUAAUUGUCAGCCAGAGACCACAUCCCAACAAACCCUUUGCCAGAGAGGUUUUAUAUGUGCGUGAUGCUAAAAUUCUCAGCUUAGCUAUCAUGCAACACCACAGAGUAGAUUGUGUUUGAAGGACAGCGUUUCACAACAUGACUUAUGUUCCCCGUGGGACCCAGCAGUCGAGGAGUCUCCCCCGAUCAGGACUCCACUCAGGCGCUAUAAAUCUGGCGACAUCCGAGGCUUAGCGAGAGGCAGAGAAGACGUGACUUAAAAAGAAAGGGCCCUGUCCUGGAAUAACAGGAGAAUUCUGAGUAAAAAUGUGGGAAAAGACAAGGUCACAGGUCGCACAAUCAGACAAUAGGCGUUUAUCUUCUGUGAAAUCGUGUUUUCCCAAAAAUGCUCAUGUUCCUUUGAGUGAACUCUCUUUUCCAAAGAUGACUGGAAGUGAUUUUGUCAGAGGACAUCUCAGGCUGGAAGCUCUGAAAGUAAACUCCUUCUAACCUCCUUUUUUUUAUCCGCCUUUACACCCCCACCUUGUUGUGAGUCAUCCCUGACCAGUAGCCUAAUAGUCCCCGUCUAAUUACAGGCUAGACUUUGCAGCAAAAGCCCAUCUGAGUGUGCUGCAUCAGCGGUGACACUCUGCUUGAUCUGUUAACUCAUUCAGCGCACACAGCAUCAGAUGCACCAAAUAAGGCCUUGAAAUUUACACAAACCGAGACUUCCUAAGAGACAUUUGAAGUCUAAAUGGUUUGGAAUUGUAUGGCUCCAGGUUGCAGAGUUCAGGCCCAGGGUUUUGGAGCGGCUCCGAGCUGGACUCAGAUCAGGAAGAGAUCAGGAAAGAGAGAUCCAAACCCUCGGAAGUUGAGCCCUGCUCCACCGUGAGCGCCCAGUGCUGCGGCUGCACGCUGUUCCUGUCCACUGCUGUUAAUUUUUUUUUGAUUUCCUGUUUAUCUGAUUGGCUGUUGGGCCGGUACAGGGCAUGCUGACUGACUGAAUGACAGAUUUGACACUGAUUGCCCCCUAGAAGCAGCGGCAAAGAAAUGCCAUGAGUCCACUGGAGGGUUUACAAUAAAGCUUCACUUUCCGUCAGAAAAAUUCAUCAUACAUGAUCCGUGUGGGUAUCCAAAAGAAACAAAUAGUACAUUUAAUAUAUUUUAAUGCUCCAAGAGAGAAAUAUAUAUGGUACAUUUCAAGGUGUGGGUUCACAGAGUCCAUGUUUAUGUCUGCGUUCAAUUGAGCAUCCAUAACAGACUUUUCUCCCUUUUUCUUCUUUUUUACAUUUGAACCCAAUUCACCUGGAUAUUCCUCCGCCCGCCUCCGUCCACAUCCAUAAAAUCUCACCUCCUGUCUCCUUCCUUUCCCUUUUCUGUCUCCAGCCGCUGUCUAUCCCUCCUAACCUCCCUCCAGUCUCCAAACAGGAGCAGUGGAAACGGGCGAGUGAUAGCCAAUAGCCCCCCUCCUGCGAGUACUCGUCUGGGCCGCUGCCCUGUUUUGCAUCUCGCCGUGUAGUCCCUCUAUCUGUUUCGCCAGUUCCCUCUCCACCUCACAUAAAUCACUGAUGAUCUUACGACACGGACAGAGAGAACAGAGAGAAAUCUCCCCCUAUAAAUCUGGUAUUAGUUUUUUACCUCGCAUAAUGAACACGGGGGCUAAACGGCCCCGGAUACAUGAGAACAGCAUGUCUUGCAGAUGUACUAUAAAUAUUUUGAUACUAGCCGGCUAGUUUGCAGAGGGGAAGUAGACCGGUGAAAUACACAGAGGAAGGGAAAAGUGUAAAGUGGAAUGUUGGCCUAGCCUGGGUGUCUGUAUUGUCUUUAGCACCUACAGAGGGUCUCGGUCCAAGAAAAACGCUCUUUACAGGGUUCCUGUUCCCAGCCGUGGUCCCGGUACCACUCCUGGAUACGCUGCGUUUCCUUUAAGCAAAUCCUUCAAACUGGUCUCUGAGGAGGAGGGGGGGGGGGGCUCGUUGUUUGAUUAAUAGCACGAUCGGACCUGAUUGAGUGAUAGAUGGUUUGAAGGGAAAACCAGCACGCCUUUGGGGGACACUCCAGGACGAGCGAGUCUGGGAAAGACGGCUCGCCUGAGGGUUUGACGGGUGGAACGGCUAAGUUGAAGCGAAGGGCUAAUAAUAGAAGAGCUAAUGACACAAAAACUGCGCGGAGAGGGGAAGCCAAGAACGCCUGAUGACUUUAGAGAUAUUUGGUUGCAGAUUUGCAUGGACAAACUUGAACGUACACAUCUGCCUGUGGAAAAACCGAACUCCCCUACUUUUUUUUUUGGCGUGUUUCUGGCGCCAACCCCGGGCACUGUCACCCUACCCCAUCAAAGAACCACACACACACACUCAGAAAAACCCUACAAAUACACAGUUACGCAUGCUGUGACAGCAGGUGGUGUGUGACACGUCAACAUCUGAAGGCUCUCUGGCACACGCAGAAAGAGUUCUCAGCUCCGUUCCCCCCACGGCUCAGAUCUAUCAUUGGGUCUCUUUAAUGGCAGCCUUCGUCACAUAUUACUGCUUUAUUUUCUCCUCUCCAUCUCCCUGCCCACAGAAGUUCCUUUUUUGUUCCUAUUUUUAAGUACAAGUGAUCUCAAUUAGGGACCUCCAUGAAGGCGGUAGGCGGCAGACAGUCAGAGCAAUAAGAGCAGAGAGGAAAUUGUCUUUAUACCCCCUCCUCCUCCUCCUCCUCCUUCUCUCCCUCCUUCUCUACCCUCCUGCCACAAGCGUCGAGCAGCCCCCUCCAUGUCUCCUCCAUCUCUUUCCAUGCUGCUCUGUGCCAUUUCAAAAACAGAGAAAAAUAUGAAAGAAAACUCAUGCAUCUCUGUUUCUUGUGCAGAAACAUAUACGCUAAACUCUAAAGGCACGGUCGCCUGAAAGGCCAAUACAAACUUGGAUUACGCUCAAUGAAAAUGGUCGCCGGGUAAUACGCGCGCGCACCGCAAAACGUGCCGUCCUUAUCCUAACAGUUCACAGUGAUGUCAAGGGCUCGGUGACAAACAGUCAUUAAGGGCUUAGCUGUGAUCUAGGAUCAGUGCGUGGAUGUGAGGUUGCGUCGAUGAGGUCACGAGGAGUAAAGUUUCUCCUGUCGUCAUCCUCCCUCUCUGCCGGUUAGCUUGUUCAGUAAUUAUCUGCCAUGUUGGCCGGCUACCAGCCCCGACUCUAACUAGCUGACCGUCAGGCUAGUUUUGCGGCUUCUCUCUGCUCUCCUGGUCGGCUCGCUUGAUUGGCUGGUAGACUGGAUCUUUGGCUCCGUCGCUCCCCGAGCCUGGUGGGCUCGCUGAUUGGUUAGCUGGCAGCGCCGGUCGGCUGGUGGUCUGCCAAACAUGGAAACAUCCCGUUAGAGCUGAAACAGCCUGGGCCUCGUCACAGCGCUCCUCUACAAGGCUAUAAUUAAGCGUCUUGAAAAAUGCAGCACUGUGAAAUGUAGCCUUAAUCCUGCGUCUAAAGUGGCUGUACUUUUCCUCUUGAAUGAUGAGAGUGUUUGCUUUCGAAAAGGGAGAAAAGAGCAGCAUCUCUCUCUUAUUUUCAUGAUUUAUCUCCGCGAAGGAGUCCAGUAUAUGGUUAUCUUCAAAAGAGAUGUAAACGUGCUAACGCUGACUUUUGCACCUGGCUGUUGUUGCAGGUUUUAGCAUAAACACUUAGCUUUUAUACGUCCUGUAAUCCAUCUUAACGAGGUGUUAAUAACACGGAUAGAUGGGUCCCUAAAUGUGUGCUUGAGAUGUAAUGACGUUGACAGUUAUAAAAAGACGAGAACAACUCUUUCGAAAACAUGUGCGCUCACAUAUUAGCGGUUCGCACAGCCUUUGUCGUCCCAAGUGGGACCGAGAACAGAAACUUUUAUUACAGGCUUGAUAUCUCGACAGGAAAAUUAGUCAAAGAGUUGUCAGCUGAGUUUGAUUUCCAUUGGAGACAAAUAAUUGAAACUGAGCAGCAGAAAUACAAUAUUACCAUAAAUCAUAAAACGCACAUCCUUCUCACUGUGGUAUAUUGUGGUUCUUCGCUGUUAGAGACUUCGCCUACUGUGCAGUGACUCCAAGCCAGUGUAACACAGUAGAUGAAUAAUACCAGAGCUGAGGGAGGCGAUCCAGCUGUGCACCAGGCGAGCAGCCGCCGCACUGAACCAGCAGCUUUAUGCUCCAUUCAUUACUUCACAACAAAAGCGAGCGGGAUAGGUCAGAUUUUGCAAAAGUCCAACAGCGCGUGAAAGUUCCAGCGAUCGCUUUAAAUCAAAGGUUGAUUUUUUGACGGGGUUUAAUCCAGGACACUCAAGCGGGGGGAAGUGGUAUUUUUCGAUUGAACUGCGUAUUCUGGCACAUUAACGCCUUCUCUGGUGUCUCCCUUCACAUCAAACGAUAGAUCACAAACUCAGAGGUCGUCCUCUACUGUACCUCUGACUGACAGAGAGCCAGACAGCAGCAGCAGCAGGCCGCGCGUAGUACUGUGCGUGAAUGCGGGCGUAUCCUGUUGGGAGCUGGAAGACAGAUGCUGGACGUGCAGCAGGGAGGCAAAGCGGAGUCAGAUGGGACAAACACUCUUUGAUGAGCUGAGUUGUCGGGGUUUUUGUCACGACUACACUUGGAUGAGGAGCUGAGGGGGGGUGCGCUUUGAGGCCUCGAAUCAGGCUGAGGGAAUCAUCAGACUCUUCCUGCCUGUUUCCUCUCACGGGCCACUGAGUGCAGAGAGUCUGAAUUUGAGACUGUUUUACACACACACACACACACAAAAAAGAAAAACUGGUUCUCAAAAUUAAAUUCCAGCUCCAAUUUCUUUCAAAAUAAUGUAGAACACAUAUGCGUUUAAAAUAAUUAGCCUGAUUAAAUUGAUGGACUGAAAUGGACUCAGAGGUUGUUAUUAUUUCAGCCGUAACAUUUCCUAAAUUAAAUUCCUCUACAACAUUAAGGAUGUUUUCCACAUUACAGCAAAUGUAUUCAGCGGUGAAAAGGCGAUAUUAUCGGAGCUGAAACUUAACUCUGUUGGAAUAACCAGCUCCACGGUCCUUGCAAGGCCAUGUUUAUCACUAUUACAGAUUUAAUUACUACUAUUCACAUUUAUCCAUCCAUGGAUUGUUAGUUGAUCUUUGAGAAAGUUGGACAAUGUGAACCAUAUUUCUGCUGUUUGGGGCACACGGAGGGGAAGUGUAACUCAAUCACUCUUUUUUUUUUUUUUUCUCCUCCUCCUCCUCCCUGUCCACAUGACGAGGUGCCAGAUGCGUGUCAGUGCUUUUAGACUUUAUAUAUAUCCCUCCCACAUCCUCACACACUCACUCAAACACACAGAGACAAGCACUAACAGACAUGUACUCAUGUGCACACCCAUGUACCUUUUAUACUUAUGAAACACAAGAGCUCAGGUUAUUUUAAGUCACUUUUAGGCUUAACUUCUUUAUUUUCUUGACACAGAAAUCUUUUUGUGAAAUGCACAUGACCAUAUCCGAGUUUAUGGCAUAAAAACAAGUUGCGAAAAAACCCCUACAGGACCCAAAUAACCUGACAGCUGUGCCUCCCAGUAGUCUUUUUUUUUUAUUUAUUUAGAAACAGGCCAGAAGUAUCAAAGGCCUUUGUCUUGAAGUCCCGCUGCAAUAAAAGCAUGUUUGGGAGCGACGGAAAAGGAACACAGAGUGGCUGCUGUGUGAUGUGGCACUCAAAAACAGACUCAUUGAAAGACUGAUGGGUAAUCAGGGUGGAGGGGCGGAGGGGUGGAAGGGUGGGCGAUGAGAGCCGGCUGAGAUAUGGAGUCUGUCAGAGGGUGGAUGAUGCCCUCUACAGUAGACACAGGAGGGGUAGUCGACACAUGCAGGCCUGUGCACACUCAAGUAAAUGCAGCAUCCACAAAUACAAAUCUCACAUUUCUGUGAGAUUAAAACAUAAAAAAUUUAAUUUGAAGAAGUUUAUACUUUUACGGUUGUAAGAUGUUGAAUUUUGAAUUCCUGUCUGGGGAAAUAUGUAGGCAAGUUUAGAUUCUCCUUUUUAUUCUGUGUGGUGUAAAAUAAAUCUGAACCAUUUAAAAAUAAUACAACCUCACACCGUGUAAGAAAAAUAUUAUAAUAAAAAGUGCAUUUAAUAUUUUGUACAAUUUUGCACUGAAUCUGAGGUUUCCAACAUGAACAUGUUAAACUUUAAUUUUGCAUGCUCUGGAGUGACGUUUAAUGGAUUAAUGUUGUUUAAAAUUGGGUUUAUUUUGUUUUAUUUGAUAGAAGAAAGGCCACUUGACGCAUUAUAUACAAUGUGAGGCUGUUUUAACAUAAAAAUGACAUUGAAUUAAAUAAGCUCAUAAGUCUCUUAAUGAAAAAUAUGGUCUGCAAAGUUAUCAAAUACAAAAUGUGAUGGAGUAACAGUAUGUUCAAGUAAUACAGUGGCAUGUCUGAUACCUCAUAUUUAUCCCUGCAUGCAGUGCUUUGUUGCUCUCCUGUGGUUGUGCGUAAUUACGCAUAGUCCAAAAAAGAGAGAGUUGUCCUGAGGCAUUGUUAUGUUUAAUACAAAUGAGGAGUCUGUUGCCAUGUGAUCGUUUUACAAGCUGCGUGAUCCUUCAAAGAUUUGAUUUUAUAUAACAGGCGUUUUCAGAAAAUACUGCCUACAGCCCACAAGUAGCGGCCACAUGUGUGGUGGGUUAUAAAGUAAAGCCGGUGUAAAGUAGAAUACCUGUACACCUGCACAACAGCUCUCCCCUGCGACCGAGUGAAACUCUACUCCAGCGCCUCUACCUGACUCACCGCUCUCCGGUGACUCACUCACUCCUCUCUACCUUAUGGACUGUAAGCUCACUUCUCACCCAGGGCUCGGCUCUCUGAACGCUCUCCAAGACGCGCACAUUGUCAGGACAUAGUGGUAACACAACGCGGACUGACGGACGGAUGGAGUUACCGGCUGGACAUGAGCGUCCCGGGCAGAGUUAGAAACGCGUGGAGGGUCCAGGGGGAAGCGGUGACAUGUUGGUAUGUACAGCGGGACGAGGAGAAAGAGCGUUAAACAUAACCCCCCUCAUGUGAGUUUCACGAAAGGUAUAGACCUGACACGGAGACCUGUCCGCUUGUCUAUACAGGCGUGAUAGAUUAUGGCAGAGGGAAUGGAUCUGACUCCAGACACCACGUGUUGGAGUCGCAUCAGCGCAAUAAUUGCUGGGCGCUCGAGCUAUAUAAACCACAAAAAGCCUGCGCACGGGAAACCCCGACCUCCAAACACUAACCACAUUUACGGCUACAAAAACGGGACUCUAUUUUGCGCCUCCUUCAUCUCACCGGCGAUUAUUUUUUCCCCCCUCGACUCCAUCAACCUUUUUUAACCCUAAAUACAAAAACCCACGGCACGACUUUUGGGAGGCUUUACGGAAAAAACUUGUUGAGUUUUCAGGCGUCUGAGGGUUAUAAAUAGCUCUAUUAAGUAUUGUUAAAGCGUAUUUCUUUGACUUUGAAAAGUUUUUGUGUGUGUACAUAGCCUGCGGGCUUUCAGAAAGCCUUUCAGUUUUGGCACAAAGACUUCAAUGACGCACCUGGAGCAGCGCUUUGACUCCUCACUAAAAAGGAAGACCAGACAAAAACUUUUUUGAGCAUCUGGGUCGGCUGUUCCAGUUUAGACCUGCUUUUUUUGUAAUCGUAUAGCCUGUUACGCGCUCGGACAUUUAUUUCAUGUUAUUUUUAUCCGCACAUGAGCAACUACGCCUGCGUUAUGGCGCAUGGACGCUUCCCCAGAGAAGCUUGAAAAAAAGAGCUUGUCAUUUAAAACAUCAUCAAGUUUUCAGAGGGUUGUUUUUCUUGCCGGGGAAGUAUAUUUUAUUUCGUUUGAAGGCGCCCACUAAAAGUUUGUAGUGGAGAGGGUUUUGAAACGCGGUGUGCGCUUCGAGAAGUCCCAUUUUCCAUUGGCAGCCGCGCUGAGGUUCAAGCGAAGCAGCGCCGCACACUGCGAGUUUUCUCAGAGAGAGAAGGAAAGAGCAGAGAGAGAGGAGCUGGAGGAGAGACUUUGGUGCCUUUUCUGAUAAUCCACGCUGUUGUGAUGCGAAUUCCCGUAGAUCCCAGCGCCAGUCGGAGGUUCAGUCCGCCGUCCAACAGCCUCCAGCCCGUCCCAGGGAAGAUGAACGAUGUGAGCUCUCCAACCGGGCAGCCGGACGCAGCGGCGGCCGUGCCAAGACUGCGUCCCCACGAAAACCGCAGCAUGGCCGAGAUCAUCGCGGACCACCCGGCCGAGCUGGUGAGGACCGACAGCCCCAACUUUCUGUGCUCGGUCCUGCCCUCCCACUGGCGGUGCAACAAGACUCUGCCUGUCGCCUUUAAGGUGAGUCCCGUCUAUGUCCUGAUAUGCUGAGUGAGAGACAGCAGACAGAGUCGGUGUUCAGUCAGUGUAACUUAAAAACAAAAACACAAAACCAAGCCAAAUGUAGACUUUUUGAAACAGCAGAUUAUAAACGCUUUUAAUGUGUGAAAACAGGAGGUUCCUUUUUGGAAAAAUAUACUGCUGUGAGUUUGUGGUUUUUAUUUUUUUCAUGUUUUUCACUUCCACUAAUCCUCACAUAGAUUCAGCCUGCUGUCUCAACUCUAUGUUAUCAAAUUUUAUUUAAAUUUAUUCACAAAUGUAGUUGAAUUUAACAGCUUUAAAAACCUUCUUCUGUUUGUUGUUACUUAAUCAAAAAUAUUUUAAAAAUGUAUUUCAAAAUAAAACACCAUGCCAUGAGAUGACAUGGUGUUACAAGGGCCUCAAACUGUGUGCCAGAUUUAAAAGGACCAGCCUGAAGGAAUCACAUUAAGAUUAUUUUUUUAAAGAUUCUAUAAACAAACAAAAACUGUGUUUGAAUUACUAACAUUAUUCGACAUUGUAAAUUCUGAUAUUCAUUAGUGGUAUCUAAAGAAAACUCCCCACUCACUUUGUGAAUAUUUCCACAAUAAAAGCAUUCUUUCCACGCUCAUUAAUUACAGUUUUGUGUAAGCAGAAAUUAUUGACAUAUGUGGCGUAUUUAUACAAACAAAGAAAACUCGCAUGUUAAAUUGCUGUUAUAAAACACUGUGGUGUAUAGCCUCGACUUUUUUGUUGCUUCGACUUAAAUUGAUUAAAGCUUCAAUUUUUUGAGUUUUGCUUAAAAAACAGAGGACAGGAAAAACUCCAGACAUCAAAAAAAGCAAAUAAAAAAAAAAAGACUAAUGACAUUGUAGGCCUCUGAGCGUCUCUGAAGCCCUGACACUGUUCUGCUCCCAUGAUAAUUCACAGGAAAGGCCCUAUUAAUUACUUGACAGAUUUGAUUCAAAGGACGGAUCAAAGAAACACCAAAGUGGAAAUUUGCGGCUUAAGCUCUGGCUCCAAAUCAAAUGUGACACAUUUUAAAAUAUAUGUGUUAUUUAACCAUUCUUAUUACUACGGCUCUGUAAUUAUCGCAGCUCUGUAGGCCCGCUCAUGCUCUUUUAUCGUCAUCCAGGGAUCUAAAUGAUAACACAAGGCCCUCGCUGCCUUUGUUUUUAAUGACAAAGUGGAACUGAAUUAAGACUCAUAUGUCAACAGGAUUUUAAGGAGGAUGGUAUGAUGUUAAACAAGCCUGUUAUGUAAGCUGCAUUUAUUAUUUUUCCACUGAAAUUAGAAAUUAUCCAAGAUUAGAUGUCACUCAGCUUUUGGCUUCAAAACUAAAAGAAUUCUUUUCCUGAAUUUUUUUCCCAUAACCUUUUUUUUUCUUUUUUCUUUUAUUAGAAACAGAGGAAUACAAAAUGUGGCAGAAUGUCAUAGAUUUAAGUUUUUCUUUUUUUGUUUUUCACGCAGAGCUUUGUUCAUCACAUUUCUGACCUUUACACCCCCUCCCCCCCAAUAGGUGGUUGCCCUGGGAGACAUACCUGAUGGUACAGUCGUCACAGUCAUGGCGGGCAACGACGAGAACUACUCGGCCGAGCUGCGGAACGCCUCAGGUGUGAUGAAGAACCAGGUGGCGCGUUUCAACGACCUGCGCUUCGUGGGCCGUAGUGGUCGAGGUGAGACACGAGGCUGCGUUCACUGCAGGCUGCUAUAAGUCAGCGGGAGCUCUGAGGUUCAGUGGUGUGGAUUAGUGGUCAAACUCCCCUCAUUGCAACCACAUAAUGAUCUCCAACUCUGAGCUCAAAUCCCACUGCCAGUCUCCUCAAAGCUGAGGGUUGAAUGAAGUUGCGCUGCGCCUGAAAAAGCCUUGAUUAAGGUAGAAAAGAAAGUCUCAUGGACUUUCAAAGAUUUAGACAAAGAGAAGAAACAAAACAAGUCCUUUGUUUUUCUUUUCUUUCCUUAAGAUUCACCUGACAUGACCUUGCUCGGUUCAGCCUUAUUUACUUGAUGGGUGGUGCUGCAGCCUCGCUGCUGAUCACUCUGCACACAUCCUCAGGCUGUCAGGCAACGAGGCAGAGGCGCCCUCCUAUUGGGUCAAAAAGCAUUCCCAGAAUAUUUGGCAUGGCCAUGCGCGAGUCUUUGCAUCAUUAACUGCCUUGUCACUAAGGCGUCUUAUUUACGAUUAGAGAUUUGGCACCAAGGAUGUGCUCUCACCCUCUCCAAGUUCACUGGAAAUAUUCCCUUUGACACUUUUAUUUUCUACAAGCCUCGCACACAGCGGUCGCCCUGCGAUAAGUUGAUGGUGAUGAGCGCUGUCAGCACAUCUAUCAGUGACUUUUCCUCCUAGUUUCCUUCUGUCAAAACGAGGAGGAAGUAGAAGCAAGUAAGGAUGGAGCUGUAAAGAGAGCAAUGGAGGUACGGUGGCCAGGCUUGUCUUCGCAGAGAUCUUGCGUGAGUCCCUCUGCUGUGACACAGAAUCUAGUCACAGGAAGUGACAUAGGAGCCCUAGGAGAUCAGUGUCUGAAAUCUACACCAGGCAGUGACAGAGAUAAGUACAAGCAGAGCGAACUGAUAGGAUGUUAGAUAGCUAACAGCCGUGCACACAGAAAACCUCUGAGAUGGACCAGGAUUGAUAGCUGAGGGCUGAAACUGUGCCAGCAUGCAGAGGGUGGCAGGGGCAGGUGAUUUAGAGAGCAACCGGACACCUUUGAUGGCAUCAUUAGAGUUAAUAUUAUAGUAGUACACAGGGUUGACUCGACAGCGAGCCCGAAUUAGAAGCAGGGAGGUGACGCCGUGGCGUUAUCACAGAUCACUAGCUCUGCUUCACCCGCAUGCACCUCAAAUCAGGUAUGUGGAACACCUGUUGCAUCUGUGAUCUGUUAUCUCCCCUGAUCAUCGCAUCACUUCCCUGAAAGGCUUGUUUACACUGAGCAGGAGUUUGUAGAAAAGAGGACAUACACGGGUCGCUGUCUGCUUCUAUGGACAGCUGCCACAGCAACCUGCCCCCCACCUUCCUGUUUCCUUUGUGUAGCCAUGGCGACACGACGCAUCUGCAUACCUCAGUCUUUAGUGCUGCUGCUGACUUGGCUGUUGCACUCUGAUUCAUAGUGUUCUUCACUCACACACACACACGCACACACAUAAACCCCAAGGCAGCAACUGCUGGGGAUUAUCGAGAAAGGAAGUGACUAUUAAAAUGCCUCUCGCCCACUCACACUGCGUUAGACGGGGGAGAAAGUCUGGAUAACAAGACACUGGCUCCUCCAGUCAAUCUCCCAUUUAGACUCUGCCAAAGAACCUAAAUAGACCCACUGAAAGAGGCGAUCAUGUCUGUCGUUAAUCCUAGUUUGCAUUGGCCAUUAUGUGAUCACAACCACACUUGUGACUAGGGGAUGGUUUAGCGAUGAAUGCAUGUCAUUGUCCCUGAGACUGGUGUGUCAUUUGAUGUUGUUUGAUGUCAUCACAGGCAAGAGCUUCACGCUGACAAUCACAGUAUUCACCAACCCACCACAAGUGGCCACUUACCACCGAGCCAUAAAGGUCACCGUGGACGGACCGCGUGAGCCCAGGAGUGAGUACAAAGACAUGCACAUAUAGCACGGCACAGGAGUUUGCUUGCACGCAUAAUAACUGCAUGAGUUUGCAUUUGAGGUGGUGAGACAGCUGUUUUUAAACUUCUUUAAAAAGUUUGAAAUAUUCUUUUAAAAAUGUAGAAAUUAUUUAAAAGUGAUUGAAAUUGACGCAGCAGAGGCAAAAAUAUCCUGAUUUUUAAUAUUGAAGUGAUUUAUAAACAGUAGAUCCUACAAUUCCCAUCAUGCAGCGCAAUGCAGUUUUUGCAUUUGAGCUUUAUGCCUUUAUUUAAUAGGCCUUCAAUUAAAGUCUGAAGCCAUCAACUGUGUAAAACAUGAACAUAGCCUCAUUGUUAUCACCCAUUAGUUCGUAAAUGCUAACUCAUCCUAACUUUUAGUCGACUUUCCCCGAAUUUCCACCGCAACCUGAACGGCUCAGAUCCAGAAGGGUUGUGAUUUUCGCUGUCUUCCAAUUCCUACCAGAUCCGUUUGUGAGGCGAAUUUUAUAGCAGAUUACGGACAUCGGUAAUUGCAAGAACUCACAAGAACCCGCGGAUUCACGUGCAAUUACGCGAUAAUUAGUUGUCUCUAUAUAGGCUCCACAUAGGCUAACCAUUUAAGCAGUAGACUGUGUCCUUCCAGAGGAGGAAAUCUACUUCUAGACUUCUAGAAUCAGCAUCCUCUCAUCCAUGGUGUCAUCGGGGUGAAAAGCUGUCUAUAAACCUUUCACUUGUUCACAUGGUGUGAAACAUGAUCGGACUGAAACACGGAGCGUUUUAUUUUGAAAGAAGCCAGAUAUUUUAUUUUGUGUCUGUGUCCGACUUCCUUUCCAGCACGGGUUAAUCUGUGCUGAAUUUAUCCGGCAUUAUCCGGCGUCCUUAAAAAAAUAGAACUCUUUGAGAUCAGCUGCGGAGUCUGGCGAUCCACAGCAGAACGGAAAGAAGCCGGUGGAAAUUGACACAAUAACUUGAGUGGUUAUAGCUACAAUCGGCGGAUAUGGCCUUUUCCUAGCCGUUCUGAAAGCGGUGGAAAUUGGGGGCCAGUGGCACCACCCAUUAGUUCCUAAAUGCUAACUUAUCCUAAUGUCGACUUAAAGGAGGAAGAGGAGGAGUAGACACAAGCCAUAAUAAUAACAAUAAUAAAACAAAUGAGUUCGAUAACAUUCACUCCCAUUUAAAUGUGUUAUUUUAUUAUUUUUUGUAUAAACUCCGGCUUUUUGUAUGGAAGUGUGUUUGUUGCCAACCUCCUGUGGACACUCAGGGAAUUGCAGCAUUAAAUUCUUCCAAACUUGAUUUCUUAGGGCCAGAGUUCGCAGCGUCUCUCACGCCUAAGUUUAGAUAACCCUACUUGACAACAUUACUUCAUAACAAAAGAAUCGGUACAACACGAACUGUUUUACAAGCAGAGAAACGCUCCUAGAGAUUGUUAAUUAAACGUAAAAUAAGGGUGAGUGCCCCUUUAACAAUCCGUGGGUGUGGCUAAAUGUGCAGCCAGUCAGUGGCAGCAGAUGCCAAGCUAAAAUAGCACAGGGGAUGUAAAAUAGAUUAGAUUAGAUGCAAGAAGUGUACUGGCAAAAAAAAAAAAAAUUGGUGGUUGUUUCAAAAGCAAUCAACAGGUUUUUAAUCAAGUGGGCCUCUCAGAAUGAGUCUCAGCACCCCAUGUGACGGUCUGAAAGAAAGAGAGGAAAUAAAAAGAGAGGCAGCGUAUUCCUGAGAGGGUACACUGGGUAGCAGAAUGCUAGCAUCAGCUCCUUUUAAUGGGCCAUAUAAAAACAACUGAGGAGGAAAAAAACUUUACUAUAGCUGUCUGUGCCAACUGGUCUGGCAUGCAGCUGUUUCCCCAACCCUCCUCCCUAUUCAUAAAAAAAAAACAUAUUCUCAUCUCAUGGCGUCUCAUUGAACAAUAUCACAUCACAAACAACCCACUCGCCGCCUGCGUCGCCACAUAUGGCACCAGGACGCUCGGAGACACAGCGGAGCCGGGAGACAGUAGGAUUAACACUAGCAUCAGUCUCCAUUGUAGGAAACCUGCCAGGGUGCCAGAAAAGGGAUCAGAAAGUCGACAUUGAGCGUUCAUCAUCAUCACACACAACGAAACAAAGGCACAUGCUGGUCGUCAUGUGCACAUGCACUCAUAAUCACACCCUCUGUUUCCCCCUUCCUCUCUCCUCUCCUCACACUCGGGCCUUUUUUUCGUUUGAUCAAAAGCAUUUCCUGUGCAUCUGCUGUCCCCCGUCAGAUGACUUUCAAACAAGUCCUGUUAGUCGGUGGUGAGCAGAUGGGAGUCAGGGUGAAAUUUUGUUUAGAAAAGACCCAGCUUGAUCUCAACAAAGUUACAGACAGAGAGUUGAAAGCCUUCCUGGAAGUUAUGUGAGGAGAGAUUGAGUCAAUAAACCAAAGACAGGCUGCACUACCUGACAUCAGGUGAGGGAUUCUCGCACUUUCAUCCGUUACUCUCCUCUGUGUCUCAGACCAAUUUGUGGUCAGAAACACAUCUUUUAGAGUUAAACCUGCAUGUUCUACCUUCAGUCUCAGGACAGUAAUUUAAGCAAUAAAGAGUAUGUCAUCAUACCUAACCCCUGAACUUCUUUACUUUGCUGUUAAGUGGUCAGAAUUGCAGCACCGGUGUAAUUUACCCAGAAACUACAGCCAGAACACGUCUCCCUCUCAGGGGUCAUUAAGCUGAGGUCGGAGGGUGGCAAAACACACAUGUGCCCUCUCAACCGCUCCUCCCCUCCUCCUGGUUUUUUCAGCACUGAGAGACUCGGCGCUGAGAGCCUCGGCUGUCUCCAAAGCUGUGAUUCUAUCUGUGAACGCUUCAUUGACACAUGGGGGGGCCAUUACAGCUCUAUUUUGUGUUAAACGAGUGGGUAAUUAGGGGGCCUGUGCUGCUCUGGGCCCCUACUGGGAGGGGUCCAUACUGAGACACAUGGAGAAAGAACAGUGAGCUGUGUUGAGCCUGACAUACACUGGCACUCUGUGGGCCCUGUCUUUUGUGGAGAGUUGUUGUUUUUAGGGAGGAAAAAAUAACGCUGACAAUAACACCAGAUCCCAACACAAGCUAGAAACCAGCCUGGAAAGCUGAAUUUAACGACCGUUCUUUUGACUUUUACAGAUUUGUUUAGACUUUUCUGGAUGUUAGUGGCAGCUUUUGCUCCCUGUUAAUGACUUGCCUGCUUGCGGUGUCUCACUCAGGAAGGACAUUUUGUGUCGGCCUGUUUGAUGCGCCUUAUGGCAGCCAUAUGAGUCUUCCUGCGGGAAUUUGAUUUCCCCAGCAGUUCCUUUUCUAAUAUCAAGUAGUGGGUUAAGGUCGGACCACCCGUGAAUAAGCAGGGCUCAUAUCUCUGAACCUGCGGUGCCGAGCUCCAGCUAAUUAAUUGCGUGGUCGGAGUGACGAAUAUCAGUAGGGCCUACUUUAAAGAUCUGCGGUAGGAUUUUCCUCCGAGGUUUACACUGUGUACGUGUGGCUAUGGUAAGUGGUUAGUCAGGUCCCUCUGGCCACUGUGUUAUUAGCGUGAGGCUAACUCGGUUUCUGUGGCUCGCAUUGUGCUUAAUCGCUUGACAGCUCUUGGUUACUUUGUGGUUUGCCACUGCACCAACAACUCAGCAGCGAGUGUGUGCACAUGUAUGUGUCAGUGUGUGUUCAUGCGUCCAGGCAUGAGCGUGUCUGUUUGCUAAUGCAUGAUUUUGAAUACAUGUCUGUCCUCUAACGCCUGCAAACGAGAGCGCGCGCAUGAGUGUGUGUCUGUGUGUGUGUGUUAUUGGUGUCAUUACUCUGGUGCAGCAGCAGUGCUGAUUUGGAGCGGAGCUAAUAGGCCUCAUUAAAUGUCAUUUCGAGCUAAUAGACAGGGAGUGGCUGUUUAAACCAAUAUGCUUUUAUAGGUGGUUCUGUCUCCUUUCAGCUGCUCCUGACGGUGGCUGCGGCCAGCUGAGACAAACUUCCUGAGUGAUAAUAGCCGAGUCAUAAUAACACAAUAUACAAGGCUUUUCUAUCCAAACCCACUGUUCUCAUUAUACUUAAUUGAUGACAGACAAACAUAGGAGGUGACAAAAACCAUUGUGGCGUCACACAAACUGUGUCUUACUGUGGCAUAAUCCGGCGGUUCUUGUGUAUAACCGAGUGUUAGUGACGGGUGUGUGUUGUGUGUCAGUGGUGGAGGUUAGCGGUCAGGCUCUGGGCUCCCUGGUGUUUAAAUUCGCAGGGUCUGGGGUAUCUGGGCUCGGGGACAGGGUCGUGUUUUGGUUUGAUUUUGGUCAGGGUGUUAACAAGUGUAAGGAAGAGGCCCUGGUUACUUAUAGGUCUGCAGACAAUAUUAGCGGUUCAAGGGACCCGUCUGCCAAGCCAGACUCUUCCUGUGGCACACACAUGCUCAAACUCACAUGUAAUAAUUUGAGAUCUGCUGCUGUGCACGUUCACCAUAAUUGCUUUAAUAAUGGUGUUUAUUAUUAUUAAAGAAAAUUCAAUGUUAUGUAUUUAUUCAUAAAGUAAUAAAAAAAAUGCAGACAAAAAGCAGGAAGGAAAUCUUGAACUACUCGGAAAUAAAAAUCCCAAAUUUCCCUCAACAUGAAUUUUUAAAGCUGUAGGGCCCUCACACCAAAGCCAGGAUACAACCCGGACCCAUAGGAACUCAGGGUAGACUUUUCAGAGGAUCUGAGUCUGUGUUCCAGAUCGCAACAGUCGAGGAGUCUGCAAAUAUAUUCUCAGGAAAAACUAACUUGUGUGUGAAUCGAAUAAACUGAGGAAUUGGAUGGUCAAAAGAGGCAAAAUAAGGAUGAUUUAGGGACAACUGUCCAUUAAUGGGGGGAGGACUUCAGCUCAGACAUUAAUAAAGUGGAUUAUAGCGGCCCAAAUGUAAUCGAAUGAACGCAACGGAUAGCUUUCUUUGAUUUGGGUCAGGGGAAAAUUGUGUGGAUCUGAUUCUUGAUAUUAAAUUAAGAUGACUAAAGCAGCACUGUUCCACCGCCCUCACUUGAGUAUCAAAAUAAAAACCCUCCCAGACUGCGCAGACCCCACAGGUUUAACAUCUACUGACAGACUGCCAUGGAUGUAAAAUAUGAGCAGGAUGAAGUGGGGAGAGCAAAGCAGGAUAAGCUCUGAUUUAUCUGUAAUUUAAUGCCAUUAGAUCUGUGAACAUUCAGUGUCUAAUCCGGUUAAGGAUUUUAUGAAAGAAGUGGGUCUGAGUUAUGUAGAGUUAAAGCACAAAUCAAAAGCUUCCGUUUCCUCCCUCUGUCCACUGUGUCAAGCAUGACACCACUUUUCUUUAGACUCAAAGAAAGCUACAAGCUGCCGAUCGCAACUCAGCCCGAAGAGUUUAUUUCAACAUAUUGUAAAAUCUGGAAUUUAUGUCGCACCAGUUUUUAAGCUGUAGUCUGUUUUGAGAGGCUCCUAGAGGGAAACUGUCUGAAAUCAUCUGCAUUCAGAAUAGUUUUUAUAACCCAAUGAGAUAAAGAAAAACUUAAGAUAGUAGGGAUGGGAGAAAAUAUCGAUACAGCAUAAUAUCGCAAUGUUUUGUCUGGUGAUAUAUCGUAUCGACUCAUUAACCAAGUAUCAAUUUUUCAAAUUAAUUGCUAAUAUGAGGUCAAAUCUAUGAUAAUGGGAAAAUAAAAUCAACUGUUUGUCCAGUGAGGUUGGCAGAGGUGGCGUCAUUAAGCAGGAGAAAGUUAGUGCAACAAAUAUAAGAUUUGCAAGAUGUGCAACAUGAGAAUAAAAUACAGCGUAAAUAAAACAAACAAAGGAAAGCCAAAAUGUUAAAAAUUGCAAUAAUAUUUUAUCAUGUCCCAAGUAUUGUGAUGAUAUCGUAUUGUGUGGCCACUAGUGAUUCCUGCCCCUAUUAAACAGUCAUUGCUAUGUAUCCAACAUGCUUUGUACACUUCUUCAAGAGCUGUCCUUAAGCAGAUAAAACACUGUAACACAAUAAAACACUGAUCUAUGCUUUUUCAACCCGUUAAUGGGUCGCAAAUUCCACUUUUCAGUGACAAAAUAGAUCAUAAAUGUGUUUUUUAUGCCAAAUUUUGUUUUAGUGUUUCACACCUGUCAAUGUAAAUAGGCAGAUAAGUGGUUAGGGUGACCAUACGUCCUCUUUUACCCGGACAUGUCCUCUUUUGGGGGGCUGUCCGGCCUUAUCCAGCUUUGUCCAGAGAAGUUUAUUAAAUUCUUCAAAUUUUGGGGGGUUUUGUAUAGAAGUUUUGUGUUUGUGUUGCAUGGAUUUACUGAGUUAGAAGUGCGUGAAAAACACUUGAUCUGACCCGGGAAAACUCCCAAAUUUACUAUGCAUGGCUCCGCUCCCACGUAGUUGGGUCCUCUUUUUGGGGAUUCAGAAUAUGGUCGCCCAACUAGUGGUGUUUCGUACAAACACCUAAGCGUCAUCUGCAAAGAAUUAAAUAAUGAUUUUGAAUUCUUCUAAAUUGUUUCUAUGAAAGAAAGCUGCUAGCAUAAAACAAUAGUGGGCUAAGGUCAGAGCCUUGUGGCACACCACAAGUGAAUUAGGUGGUUAGAAGAUGAUCCUAAUGCGGCAUCAAGCUCUAGAUUUGAUUUCUACUAAAAAUACCUCAGACAAACAAUUACAAACAUAACAAAUUUAUGUAAGUGGCUGCUAAGCUACCUUCUAUUACUCUUAUUAAUAGACUGACAUUCUCAGGGAUGGGCGGGGAGCAGCAUGAGUAAGUGAGAUGCCUUUGUUAAUAUGUCGGUCAUGACAACACCAAGAGGCUCGCAAACGGUGUCAUCACACACACAUGCCAUUACAUGCAUAUGAAGGGUAUCAUUACCUGCUGCAAGACCUGGUUUUGUUUCUUACAGCAAACAUUUAUACUGUGUGUGUUAAACGCUACCGUACCCGCCAACAUCAUUAAACCGUACCGCACUAUGUCAAUCAGCUUUAAUUGUCCUUUUUAUUGUGUAAAGUAAUAUGUUUGAGGAUUAUUAUGCCUUUUGAGGCCUUCAUUAAGCGUCAUUUCCAAAGCAAAGAAUAUAAUUUGAACAGAUUCCAGAUAAUUAAAGAGGAAUUCAGAAGAUUCAAAGCCCUUUUCUCUUUUUCACAGACAGAUACACACCCACACCUUUUUGCGGUCGUCUUUCAUUUGAAGUAGCUUUUAACAAUGGGAGCCGGACAAAUAAAAACUCACCCAAACAUCAGGAGGAAUGAAAAGAGGGAGGGUGGAAGAGAGAUGAAGAAAAAGAAAGAAAAAAAAAAAAGACUGCAGGCUUUUCCAAAGGCAGUCAGUAAGUUGCAUGUCUUAUGAAGUCCCUUGAAGAGGUGCCAAGUCCUUUACAACGCAAAGAAACACAAAGUCAUGGAGUGGGAGGGAGAAACAGAGAUCAAGACAGCAGCAGAAUAAAAAAAAGAGAGGAGAGGAGAGGGAGACAGACAAGGAGGAUCGUUGUGAGCUUGUUGGCCCUGCGCUGUUGUAAAAAACAUCUCGGAGAUUUUCCCUCAUUUUCUGAUCAAAACACUUCAGUGUGAGGUUGAGGUGCGAAGGGAGUCCGAGUGAAAAACCACACACAAGCCAAACUCUUUGUGCUCUUUAAACCUUGUACAAUAUGGCACGAGUGUGUGUGUAUAAUGUGUUUUUGUGUUCAAUAAAUGUUUCGCCUUUGGGAAUUAUUGUGUAUGUCUGUGUGUGUGUGUAUGAGUGUGUGUGAGUGUGUGUGUGUGCCCUUCCCUUGCCUGGCUUGCUUCCUCCAGGCUGGAACGCAUGGACCACACAGACGGCUGGCAGCCCUCCACGACAGCCUGGCUCCCCCCUUUUUUCUCUCCGUCUCCUUCUCUCCUUCGCUCGCCGCCUCAUCUCCCACACCGCCUCCUCCUUUUCUCUCUUUUUCCUCUUUUCCCCUUCCUUUUUUCUAUGGUUCUGUUUUUAUUAUCUCCCCUCUUCUCUCCUACCUCUCGCUCCCUUCUCCAUUUAUACCAGACCCCCAUGGUAGACGGGCGUCUGGCUGUCACCCACUCAGCGCUUUUCCUCUCGGGCCACGCUCUGCCAGUUUCAGAUUGCCACCUGAAAUAAUUCAUUGUUUCUGACCGCUCACAAAAACAACACGGCCAGUGUGAGGGCUCCAAAUAAAAAAGUGAAAUAUGGACCCAGUGUAUUCAUUCAUCGGCUUUACUGGCCGUUCCAGUCGGGGAUGACUGACACACUCAUACACACUCACAAACACAGACUGGCUGAUUCAACCCAGGCUCCGUGAGCAUGAGGGGUUUUCUGAAUCAGCCCAAAAGAUACAUUCAUCCAAUCUCACCCAGUGAUCAUAAACCAGACUGAAGGGCUUCAAGGGCAUGACGUGACACCGAAUUUAUAAAUUAUCCCAUUUAUUCAGGAUUUUUCUGGCGCUGCACUUUUUCCUCACAUGUCCCUUAGUCAGCCAGCAGGCAGGAGGACUUCCAACUGAUGAGUGUUUAGUGAUAGCCGAAACCUAAUGUGUUUGUGAGGGGAGGAGGCUCUUUGAAGGAAUAAAUCACAUUUCUGAGACAUGAGAGCGUACUCGACUUUCAAGUCUGCGCCCCCGUGAUUUUGUCGAAGCGAAAGCCAGGAGAUGUUAGCUUAGAUUUGCACAAAGACUGGAAGUCAGGAAAAAGCCGGCCUAACUUUGUCCAAAUGGAACAGAAUCUUUUAACCUGUGAGGCUAACGCUCAGAGCUAGCUUUAGCUCCAUAUUUGGCCUACAGACAGAUGCUUAAUCUUAGCAAAUGAGUAGUUUUCCUUUAAAAUUAUUACUACUUUUAUCCAUCCAGUUGGUGCUCCUUUUGUAAAAAACAAAACAAACCAAUGCAUUACCGUAAAAAACAAAAAAAAGCCCAGGUAUUUCAGGAAUAUUUUCAGCCGGUACAUAUGAGGGAACAGCUAACCAUCCGUCAAAGAUCUCUGUGCUUAGGCUCAGAUCCAAUCUAAUGCUGCCAUUAAUUACAGAGGACUUAUAUUCUGUUUGCCUACUUGCUCUUACUAACUGUUAUCAGAUCAGCAGGGGCAAGUUGAAUCCAGACUCAUGUCUCUUGGACGGCUGAAAUAAUACUAUUCUAGGAUCAGUGUGCAACUGCGUGAUUAGAGAUACUAUCUAUAGAGGCGUUAUCUAAUCAUAUUAAUCUUUUUUUCGUGUGUGUGUUAGCCGGUGCUGCGUGUGCAACCCAAACAGCGUUUUGCAUGCUGCAUGUGUGCAAACGCACAUGAUUGCAUGCGCAGACGUGUGCUUGCAUAUGUCCGUUCUCGCAUGUGUGCGUUUUUCUGCGUGUGUUUCCGUGUGUGUGCACGACUCGCUCACAUCUGGUCUGAAUCUGUCCAUGUUUCCGGCCGCUGGCUGGGCAGGGAAGUGGCAGGCGCUAUCGAAAAUCUCCGCUGUUUUCACAGGGAUGAUGGGAAUCUCAGGGACUUUCCCUACGGCAGUGAAAUCAUCCGCCUUUCCCGCUCCUUUAAAUACCCCCGGCUCAUUCCUCCGCCCAGCUAGGGUUCCGAUAAAACAGCUGAGACGUCUUGUGUUUGGCAACAGUUGUCCUCUAAAAGGUGUAAUUAACUCAUGAAAAACUGUAUUUACUGUCAAAGCUUGCUAAACUAAUGGACUUGAGGUCGAGCUGUUUGGAGUGUAAAUUGGACCUUUAUGUGGUGGUUUGAAUGCUGCAUCCCCUGUCCAAGGAAAAAUACAUCGGUUUCCUGUAAACUGAGUUGCAUCCAUAGGUGUUUGACAGCAUUUAAACCUCAAAUCCUGCACCAGUCGAAGUCAGCAGUGGCUGUCUUUAUUUCCUGUGUAAAUAUACAGAAUAUGCAUUCAUCUGUAUUUUGAGAUCUAAACUCUAAAAACUCCCGUUAUUUUAAACUCUUUCUAACUAUUUCACCAUGCGCUGUCCUCUGCACUCAGCACUCUUUAAACAGCCCGAGUCUCCUGACUGGUUCAGACCCAUCCAGAGCUCUUAAUUUACUGGUCAUCAGGGUCUCUUCCUCUCCACGCGCCGCCUUCCCCCCUCCCCCUCUCUCGUGUCUGUCCCACUCUGUCUCCCCUCAUCUCCCUCCUGGUCUCCCAUUGCUAUUUAUUCCCAUCACUAGGAGACGGGGGCUGUGCACAAAGCCCGCACUGUGUCCCGAGGCUUUUUUAGAAUAGAAAUUCGGUCUGUUGAAAAUGGAAACGCUAUGAUUGACUGGGCACAGCUUGCACAGAGAGAUGAGGAAUGCCAGCGAGAGGCACAAAUUAUCCUCAGAAAUGAUGGAGCAAUAUUAUUAAUGAAAUACGGCCAUGAAUUAUGUUAUAAAACCAGAAACUUCAAUAAGCCAGAGGAGCCGAUAUUAGCCGCGUUCCAGAGCUACUAUGAACAGAAGCGGAUGAUGAGAUUGUCUGAUUAUUUUGAACGCCUUGAUGCCAGUCCAGUAACGUCACUGUAAUAAAAAGCCACGGCCCGUCUGACUGUCAGUGGCAGCAUUUUCAUUCUUAAAUUAUAGCCGAGCAGCACUCCAAACUUUAGUUAAAAGUUACUUAAAGAUAAAUUAGUUUUUUUUUCGCAUUUGCAAUAGUGGGAAAUAGAGCAGCUAGAUGCUGCAUGCGUCCGCAGAGGUAGAACCUGGUCUUUAUUACACAUGUUAGACUAUUUGUCAACAAAGACCCCCUGCGAGGACGCUCCCUUUGGUCUUUUUAAUCCCAAUUCGAUUACACAAAUGAUGAUUAUGUUAAGAUCUCCUCUUAUCUUUCUCUUAGUAACAGCCAUGAAGCGCCAUAGAUGUAGUGCCAGCUCUUUGUUCCCAUGCAGCGCAGGCAGAAGGCAGGUUGGGCAGGAUUCUGAAGCAGCUCUCUGUUUCUGUCUGAGCCAACUGGAGCGCUGCCAAGCACAGCAGGAGCUUCUACUCUCCUCUGUUUGAUAUUUACUUUACCGCCUUUACAGGGGAACUAGUGCAAGACCAGACAGACGCACUGAUACAGAGCUGUGUCAGUGGCAAAGGGGACUGUGUGUGAGUGUGCACAGGCCUUUCCUUCUACCCCGCCUUUGCUAAACUAGAGCAGACUACACCUGGGCGUCUGGAUAGGUUUUUCGCCGUAGUGACAGUACCGCUGGCGAAGAGACAUUUCUCGCGUUUGCGUGCACUGUCGAAGAAUAGAGAGUUACAAGCCUGGAAAAGUGAUGUGAACGCAACAGGGGGUGAAGAGUGUGUAACAUAAUAAGCAGAGGAAUGCAGGAAAGGAACAGGUAUAACAUAUUUGGCAUAGGUCUAGAUUCCUGCGGGGAUAAUUGGGCAAUGGCGUGAGAGCAUGUGUUUACCUGAGGAAGAAGCCUCAGGUUAAAACUACAAAUACGAGCAACUUCUCCCACUCACAAUCACCCUGUCUGAACUCUCUCUUUCUCUCAUGCCAGGUGAUUCGAUAUAAUUGCCCUUUCCUAAUUAGCAGGAUGUAGCAUCCCAUUCCCAAGAGCCUCUGUACCUCCUCUUUGUUUUGGAGCACACGCUGUGUUUACCAAGAAAGGCAUGGCAUACAGAGGAACUGAGUCAUUAAAUGUCCAUUAUAAAAAAAAAGAACUGACAAACUGUAUUCGGAGAGAACAGCAAACAAAUGGAGAACAUCAAUCACACAGAAGGGCACAGUUAGAGACUUAUUCAACGUCGGACAAAAACGCUGUUUGCAUGCAACAUCACGGCGCUAUUAAAUGUUAUCAUCAAAUAAAUUUUCUGUCUGAACGCAGCCUGGAGGACAUCGGUAAUUGGUGCGACUCCUCACCAAUAAAACUCUGUGUUCUUGUGUCCUCAGGGCAUCGGCAGAAACUGGAAGACCCUCCCAAAGCCGGCCUCUUCUCGGACCGUCUCAGCGAGCUGGAGAGGAUGAGGGUGAGGGUGGCUGUCCCCACUCAAGGCCCCCGACCGACUCUCAACACAGCGGCCAACUCCUUCAACCCGCAGGGGCAGACGCAGAUAACAGGUGAGCGGCAGAAUCUCGGCUUUUUAUAGUCGGCCCAGACAAGCGCUGAUUUAAGCACCAUGGAGUAUCCUAGAGGUGGAUUUCAAAGAAUGGAGCAUCUAUCAUAAUUUGGGUCUAUGCGUCUUUAACACGCAGUAGGUUAUUCCUUUAACUACGACACAAGCCCCCCUUUUCUGGACUCGGUCCUAAACGGUAUCACUGCAGCCUGAGUCACAAACCGAGCAGCAUUUACAGUACACGAGGUGAAAUAUCAAACCUCAGCUGGAGCCGGCGCACAUCCUGAUAGGACCACAAAACGCUCAGCGCUGUACGUUUCAUUAACACCGAGAUCAUCUGUCUCUCUCUCUCUCUCUGCUCCGUCACUCUAUCAAUCCCCAAGUAACACCAUCUCUCACGGUUCGGUAUGGCUGCCACCCGAUCGCCCACACCGCCGCAGGCUCGCAGCGGGUCAUCGCUUAGUUCUUAGUUACUCUCUGGCACGGCUUCGUCGUGUUUCUCGGGGAAUCAUUUGAGGGACGAUUAAACAGCGUGGCAGCGAGUUGGAAGGGAGCGAAGAUGAGCUGCAAAUUGGAACUGCUUUUCGAGGAUUCGUUUCAGAUGAAGCGUGAACUUUGACUAUCAGAAGAACCGGAGUAGCUGUUUUUCCACUUUCUCUUUAAAGCUCCUGUAAGGAACUUUUUUUUUUUUGCGUCCCCUAGUGGACAAAGUAUUCUUAGCUCAUCUUACCCUCAUUAUUGUUUAGUCGUGUCUUCUAUGAAUGCAGAAUUUUGACACUCACAUAUAUAGUUUACCGUGUUUUGCGUGGAAAUUGUAAAAACAGGGUUGUUUCUUCAGAUGUUCGGCUAACAUCUACGCCCUCAGACAAGUUUAAGGCAAUAAAAAUUACAAUCUAAAAAUUGUCAAUCCUGUCGCUAAUGAUCUUGUUUGUUUCUGUUGAUUAGAAAAAUCUGGUUACAUAAACGUGAAAAUACUCCUCACAGGAGCUUUAAGCCAACUGUUUAGUGAGCGAUAUCGCUCUAUCACUUUUUCCUUUAAAAUAUAAAGCUCAACAUUUUAUCUUUAUUAGAUAAAACUUGACUAAAGCAUUUUAUUUCAGCUACUUUUGCUUUACUUUUUGGGGCUUUUUAUCUCAUUUAGAUCAGACAGCUUCAGAGAAACAAAAGAGCAGGGUGGAGAUAGAAAAUUUUAGUUACUUUUACCAUUUUUUUAUCAUUUUUUCACCAUCCUAACAAUCUUUUCAUCCUUUUUAAGGUUUAUCAUUAUCUUAAUGCUUCUUUACAUCUUUUUUUUUAAACUUAAAGCUCCUGCAGAAACUGACUGAUAUUGAUAUUAUUGCCUCUUUAUGAGUUACGGAAGCAACUUUUGAUUGAUAAACUCUUUUUUCCACAGGGGGGCGCCGAAAUCAACACAAACUUUAAGUUCCUCACAGGAGCUUUAAAUUGUUUUGACUUCUUAAACACGCAUAAUUGAACAAUUUGACCUUAAAUUUAGGUGAACCGUUUCGCCUGUUUAGCUCUUUUCCACUGACUCAUCGAGUAAUCUCGCUCAUCUUUCAAUCACAACACGCUUAAGAGCUGCCACUUACUCAAUAUAACUGCUGAGUUGAACUUCUCCUACUUAGAAGUAAGCCAAAUAGAGAUUACACGGUACACAAUCAUGAGAAAAUAUCCUCCAAAUAUGUGUCUCUGGUUGCGAAGGACACAACUUUUAAGCUUUGCAGUACUGACACACAAACACUGAAGUGUGUGCGGCGGUUAUUUUCCUGGUUGUGCGCUGGUGUGUUUACGCCCUGGGUGUGCGCCAGCGAGGCUCUCUGUGCCUCAGCUGUGAGCACAAUGUUUUAUAAGGCAAACAGGAAGAUCUUCUCUCUGAAGGUAAACAUUAGAUGUGUCAUUAUGGAGGAUGUUGCAUAACGCGCCCAACUGAUACUUACCUCUAAACACAAGCACAGAGAAACACACACACGCACUAAUAAUGUCUACUACAGUUGUUGUGAAUGUUUUUGUGAACUUGCUGCCCUUUAAAGUGAAAAAAAAAAAUCAGGCCGUUUGAAGCAGCUGAUGGGCCUUUUGUAAUUUAUUCUUUCUUUUCCUCUCUUUCCUCUGUUUUUCUGGGCUCUUUUUUUCUUCUUCCUCCCUCCAUUCUCCCCAUCAGACCCUCGUCAGUCCCAGUCCUCUCCUCCCUGGUCGUAUGAACAGACGUACCCGUCCUACCUGAGUCCCAUGGCGUCCCCCUCAGUCCACUCCACCACCCCCCUCUCCUCCAGCCGAGGCACGGGCCUGCCUGCCAUCAGUGACGUGCCUCGACGAUUGCCAGGUAGAACAACUCGCUCAGCCGAUCCAGAUGAAACACUGAAAGACACAAACUCAUGAACGCGAGGAGCGGGGACACGCAGUCCGACCGUUUCCUCCAGGAGCGGUUUGGAUGGCGUGGAUGACAGUGUAGGAAAAACGAUUGUUUCCUUUUUUCCUCGCUCUAAGCCUUUGAUCCCAGAGGACUAUGGGUAAUAACAGGCCCAGGGAUAAUAACAGGCUCGUGACUGACAAAUAAAGUGUCUUUAUAGCAAUAGGCCGCUCACACAAGGAAUUCUGGGUAAUUGCAUUAGCCAGUCUGUUUGCCAUAACGGCAGCAUCUGUGUUCCAAUUUGUCUCUGUUUCCCCCUCCCCGAUGUGAAAGCUCCUUUAAACUCCCAACUCGCCGCCAGACAAGUUUCUCCCCCGUACACCUGUUUGACUCGCUGCCAUGAGUUUUUUUUUUUUUUAUCCUCUACCUGCUUUUUUUCCCUCCUGUUUUCCUGUGCUGCACCCUCCUCUGUGUGUGUGUAACUGUGUGUACGUGUGUGCCCCGAGCAGGGGUGAGUGAUUACGCUUCGCGGGCCGUGUGACUCUGCAUUAGAAAGGGUUUAAAAUCCAGCCAGCUGCCUUGUCAGCUUUGAUUAGUUUGGUCUUCCCCCUCCAGCUUUCAUCUCCCGAGCGUCAGGCUUUGUUCUCCCGGUGACACACGUACAUGUGCGAGCACGCUCACGAGCGUAAACACAGGCCCGAACGUGCUCGCCUCCCGCUCUUUCGCCCACAUGCACACCUUGAGCGUUUAAUGCCUCUUAAGUGAUGUGACUAAGGCUCUCAGAUCUCUGGAGAUCAUGUUGACACCUCGCCAGACUUCGCUGUAACAGUAUCCAGCCGCAGAACAUACCGACAAGUACAAGCAGAAGCUGAUAUGGAUGCUGGAGUGCAAACUCGGCCCCCGUCGCCCCGCGCCCCCUCCGCUUCCUCACACCUUCGUACAAACCGGCUCAUGUGUUGAAACGUCGCAGUUGCUAAGAAGCGGUUGCAAAAGUUCAUCAGUCAAGUCAAACACCUAAUUCGGAAGUGAUGCUCCAGAGUUUGUAGGACCCUUCCAAAUAUUUAGACAGAGUUCCACUCUGGUUUCAUUUAAACUAAUAAAGCUGGAUCUGGCUCAUCAUCACAGGGCCCCUUUGAGAGCUAAAAUAGGUCCAAAUGUUAAAAGCAGGAGUCAGGAGUUUAUUGAACAGCGCCGGUCAUGUCUGAGAUCACACUGCUCCUCCACAGCGGAGACAAUCACCUACUAUUUCUAUUAGAGUCAAACGGAUCUUGUGGAAAGAGGAAGUUUAAAGGCUUUAAUUGGCAGCAUAUGCUAUCUGACGCUAGCGACGAUCCGGCUUCGCAAUUCCUCCCUACGCAUAAACACUGCGUUUCCCCCCCCUCUCCUCUUCCCCGCCACCCCCUGUCCUCUCACAGCAGACAUGGUGACACGGAAGACGCCUGGUGAUUUAUGAUAAGAGCGCCAUGGCUGGACUAAACCACUGAGAGGAGACAGGAGGGGAGGGGAGAGGAGGAGAGGAGGGGGGAGACCUCCUAUUCUCCUUAAACUCUGCGCCCAGCGCAAAGCUCGCCGCAGCCAGUUAGUGGUUUCUGGGUAUUUUUUAAGGGAUGAAGCGAAGAGAGGAGCGGAGGGUGAGAUGGAGCAGCUCCUUCUCGGCGCUCUCUCUCUCUCUCACUCACUCGGCCGGGGCGCGCGCACACUGGGACACACACGUACACACACACGCUGGAGCCGAUGGGAGGCGAGGAGAGGAGCCACAUCAGAGCUCAGCCCUGCCUCAUUAUGGAUCUCAUGGAAACUGUUUCUGCUCAAAGUGUUUCCACAUGUGCAGCUCCUGAUUCAUCCCAACUGCUUUUUUAUGUGCAUACAGUAUUCACACACAUACACCCACCCACACGUCGUAUGCGCACACAUAUUCAUAAACAGUUAUAUACAGAUACACAUGAACGCGGGCCAACACACACACACGCAGAAACAUAAAUAUGCAGAGGCGUAAACAUAUUGCUGUAUGGGACUUUGCUGAUGUGUUUGUUAACUUUAUCAAACCCGAAGUGAAAAACAGCUCUGAAUGGAGUUGAUGGAUAUAACAAUAUUUACAGAAUAAUGUCGCUGCAUGUCUGCGCCCACAAUAACCCCUCAGCUAAAGCCUGCUCCUAAUGAGCUAACACACAUAUCUGGCUUCGAAAACGUUUGAUUACAUACAAUUUGGUUUACUACUGUUUCGUCUCUCAGGGGACGUAUUUGUUUAAUUCAAUUACAGAGCGCAAGAGGGUUUUUAAGAGUCUAAAUAAAACGACAUUUCCUAGAAGCAGGACGCAGAAGGGUUAAGAGGAAGGAAGGAAGCUCGAUUCCUGGAGGUCGUUUUUGUUUUUAAAUGUUUAAAAGAAGCACUUAAAUUGGCUUUUUCACAUCGAGACUGUUUGACUUUGUCAGGAACUUCUAUUUCAACAAAAUUAAAUUGACUAACUUAUAAAAUGCUCUUAUUAAGAUUAUGGCACUUGUCAUGUUAGAGUCGCUGUUGACACGGUUGGAUCAAUCUAAUAAUCAGAGCAAAAACGGAAAUCAUAAGUGCACCGUCAGGAACCACACUGACAGUCAGAUCCUCUUCCAAUCAUGUGAGAUUUAGUAAAUUCUCAUUUUGACAUGUUUUUCCCUGCACAAAAAAUAACGUCAGGCAUGUCCUGACAUUAGGCCUGGGCAGUUUGGCAAAAAAAAUGAUCACGAUAUAUUUUUUCAUAUCGACGGAUCUCGAUUAUUAUCACAAUUUGUUGUUAAACUGCCAGUUUUAAAGCAUCUGUGCUAAAAACUGAAGAAACUAGAGAUUAGUUCAACAUUUUAUUAAGCAGAUCUGUUGUGUUAACGGUUUUUGAGGGUAACGACCGCCGACAUACCUCACACAUCGGCGUAAUUUCUCGACGUCACUUUGGAGAUACCCGAACUGCUGCACAACCGACGUUAAAUAAUUUUCGUUCUCAACAAUAACAUCUUCAGAGGAUGACGUUUAGCGUUUAGCUUCACAUUCGGUCAUUCUGUUUACUUCUGUGGCAACUUACAGAAGCGAGCAGGAAAAGCUCGACUCUGAUUGGCUGUUGUGACACACGUUUCCGCCAUGAUUGAUCACAUAAAUAUGCUCACAGAUGAUCACCGUGAUCGAACUGAAAUUUAUCACGAUCAUAUGAUCGCCCAGUCCUACCAGACAUGUGAGAUCAGUUCAGUAUAGAUGUCUGUCAGGGGUAUACAAAACUACAAAACUAUUAUAAUCAAUAUUUUUAUGGAUAAUGAAGCCUAAUAAGGUAACCUAGAGAUGAGAACCAACUUGGAUGAUAGAGAAUUGUUUUUAGUGUGAUUUACAGCUGAUUUGAGACACGGGUCAAAACUGACCCUUAACAUAGUGGGUGUGUAGUAAAAGCUAACACAGAAGGAAGGUUAUAGAAGUUUAUGUUUCUAUGUUUCUGUGUCCGUAGGUUCGUCAGAUCUGAGUCCUUUCCCGGGUCAGUUCGAGCGUCAGUUCCCGGGACUCUCCUCCCUCACAGAGACUCGCUUCUCCAGCCCCCGCAUGCACUACCCGGCCACCUUCACCUACACCCCGCCCGUCACCUCCGCCAUGUCGCUCGGCAGCGCCCACUACCACACCUACCUUCCGCCUCCAUACCCGGGCUCCACCCAGAGCCAGAGCGGACCCUUCCAGACCAGCAGCACGCCCUAUCUCUACUACGGCGCCUCGUCCGGCUCGUACCAAUUCUCCAUGGUUCCCGGCGGGGACCGUUCGCCAUCCCGGAUGAUCCCGCCUUGCACUAGCGCCUCCACGGGCACCUCUCUGGUGAACCCCAACCUGCCCAGCCAGACGGAGGGUGGGGUGGACGGGGACGGAAGCCACAGUAACUCCCCGACUGUUCUCAACCCUGGAGGCCGCAUGGAUGAAGCAGUCUGGAGGCCAUAUUGA